AUGGUUGGCCGCUACGCUCUAGAGCUCACUAUGAUCCUCCUGUACGGGAUGGGUCUACCUGCAGCGGCGGUGGCUCAAAUUGGAGGAGCACAGGCUGUUGUACAACUCAGCAAGCUUAUAUAUGCGGGCGAUCUGAUGUAUAUCACAAUCGUUACUUUGGUCCAGCUGUCAAUUCUACACUACCUUCUUUUCAAAUUCCAACAGCGUGGUAUCAAAGGGCUGACAUAUGGUUUGAUGGCGCUGUGUCUGGCUGUAUGGUUUGCAAGGUUGAUUGCAACCGCGAUUAUUUGCGUACCAAAAGGAACUACAACCGACGCAAAUGUCAAUCGUAAGAAUCGCCAAAUAGUACAUCUGGGCUCGAACAUCAGCGAGAUUGUUCUUGACGGAUGCAUUCUCCUACUCCCGAUACCGACCUUGUACAAUAUGAGGCUUUCAUGGAUUAGAAAAUUUGGAUUGGGAGUGAUGUACAUCCUCGGUCUCGGAGAAACGAUCUCUCCAUCCAUGGCAGAUGAGCACGGCUCCGAAAUCAUUCCAGGCAACUUCUGGAAGCAGGAGGCAACCAUAUGGGAUAUGCAGAGUGAUUCUGAGAUACAACUGUCUCAUCUUCCUAUGGCGAAGAAAUUAUCUGAGCUGGCUAAUGGUCAGAUCAAAGUCAUUUUCAAUUGGGAUGUUCAUUCUGCGAGGAACUCGGCUCGUUUGUAUCGCAGCUCGAUGCAUACCUAA